CUAACGCUGACGUCCACUUCUGCAGCAAAAUGGCGGCGUUGACAGCAGUCGUGCAGGAGGCGAACCGGUCCCAUUCUGUAUCAUAUUCCAAACAGCGGACCGGAAUGAAGACCCAAAGGCGGUUCGGACUCUUGGACAGAAGUAUCCUCUUAUUUGUAUGUUUUUUGUCCGCGGUGCACUGUGUUUCCGCUGACGGCAAGACGUUGGUGCUGCUGGACAACCUCAACAUCAGAGACACCCAUUCAAUCUUCUUCCGCAGUCUGGCAGAUCGUGGCUUUGAUCUCACAUUCAAAACAGCUGAUGAUCCCUCCCUGUCUCUCAUUAAAUAUGGACAGUUUCUAUACGACCACUUAGUCAUCUUUUCUCCAUCAGUUGAAGACUUCGGAGGCAACAUUAAUGUGGAGACAAUUACAUCUUUCAUCGAUGGUGGAGGAAAUGUCCUGGUUGCUGCCAGUUCAGAUAUCGGUGAUCCACUGAGGGAGCUUGGCAGUGAGUGCGGCAUUGAGUUUGAUGAAGAGAAGACUGGUGUGAUUGACCAUCACAACUACGAUGUGUCCGACCCUGGAGAGCACACACUGAUUGUUGCUGAUCCAGAGAACCUCCUGAAAGCCCCCACUAUUGUGGGCAAACCCACCAACAAACCUGUCCUGUUCAAGGGAGUUGGCAUGGUGGCAGACCCAGACAACCCUCUGGUCCUGGACAUCCUCACUGGCUCCUCUACAUCCUACUCCUUCUUCCCAGACAGACCCAUCUCUCAGUACCCCCACGCCGUUGGGAAGAACACUCUGCUGAUCGCUGGCCUUCAGGCCAGAAACAACGCUCGAGUGGUUUUCAGCGGUUCCCUGGACUUCUUCAGUGAUGCAUACUUCAACUCUGCAGUGCAGAAGGCCAGACCAGGGUCCCAGAGGUUCGAGCAGACCGGUAACAUGGAGCUGGCAGAGGCUCUGUCUCGCUGGGUGUUCAAAGAGGCUGGAGUCCUCAGAGUGGGAGCCGUUACCCAUCAUCCUGUGGGAGAGACCACGCCCCCUGCUGCAUACACCAUCACUGACCUCGUGGAGUACAGCAUUGUCAUUGAGAUGCUCUCUGAAGGCCACUGGGUUCCCUUUGAUGGAGACGACAUUCAGCUGGAGUUUGUGAGGAUCGAUCCCUUUGUCAGGACUUACCUCAAGAAAAAUGGAGGUAAAUACAGCGUCCAGUUCAAGCUGCCUGACGUGUACGGAGUGUUCCAGUUCAAGGUGGACUAUAACCGUCUGGGGUACACACACCUGUACUCCUCCACUCAGGUGUCUGUCCGUCCCCUACAGCACACUCAGUAUGAGCGCUUCAUCCCCUCCGCCUUCCCAUACUACGCCAGCGUGUUCUCCAUGAUGACGGGACUUUUCAUCUUCAGCGUCGUCUUCCUGCACAUGAAAGAGAAGGAAAAGUCCGACUAAAGCACAGAGAAACAGUUGGGAAGGAAAAAGACAUCAUACAGUUGACCUGUUGGAGCUAAAAUUGUAUGUCCUGACAGGUGGAGUCCUCAAGUGGGGAGUUGUACUGCAGUCCUUUGUACAAAAAAAAACAAACAAAAAGGCCAAAAUAAAAUAAAUAAACAAGGGUGUUGUGGAGUUUUCAGGGCACUCUCUGCCUAGAGUGGUUAGGUGUACUUUUUUCUACUUUAAAAUUACAGAGGAAUUCAGUUUUUCAGCUGAAUUCAGUCGUUGUCUUUGUUUUUUUUUUUUUGUGAAUAAAUGUGUUUUACUUGACAAACGUGUCAGGAGUGAAGCACUUGAAUUGGACUUGGAGCAUAAGUAAAUGACCCUAGUUUGAAGGUGAAGGGUUAUUGUGGUAACGAUGCACUGAAUACGCUGAUGGAGCUUUGACUUUAAUGUGUUACCACUGAAGUUUGUGUCAAUAAAAUACUGACAUUCCA